CCCACCCACCCACCCAUCACCGACGCGUGGCAUGAUCUUCAGAGCCCACUCCAGUUCCUCCCGUCUCUCUCCCCUUUAUUCUCCCUGCCCUGCUUCUCUCCGGAGAUUAACAUCAGUAACCAGAUCUGUGAUCUAAUUGGGCCACAUGGAUUGCACCUGUCUGCCACCAUGGACGCCAGUCAGCUUAAUCGGGGCUUAGCCUUCCCACCGUAGGCACUCUUCCCACCGUAACGUGGCUCUGAGGCCAACGGAGAGAAAGCCACCGUUGGGGGCUGCCGACCCAUCGAUCGAUCGGUCUGCUCUGCUCCUCACAGCAUGCCUGUUGUGCAUAUUUUCAGGCAUGUGACCUCUACACAUACUUACACCUGCUAAAGACUGGAGGUACACACUGCGCCUUCUCUCCUCCUACUCUCCAAGCGCCUCUUACUCCUUCAGUCUCCCUUCCCAGCCAGACAGCACCUCAUCUUUCCUUAACCCCUGCACGGAAGGCCUCCAGCCCCAGAACGUCUCAAAGACUCUCACCGUGGCAGAAGCGCACAGACCAGCUCACAGAGCUCAAGGCUUCCUUCACCCUCCACCAGAAAGAUGUAGAAAGUUAGAGAGGCACUGUGCUGCCGGUACUUGUUGGUUUUGUAAUCGGCCAAAUACUUAAGAAAGCCAGUGCCGUUCACAGUGUGGCGACCAGGGAGGCGAAUUCAUCUCCAAGGCUCCCGGGUAGUGUGGUCCUCGAGAAGGCUAGAGGCUGCUCUUGCAUCCUGCACCGAAGCCCAGUGCAGGGGACACGAUUGCGGCCCCCGUGGGUGCCACCUAGAGUGCCUGAUGGUGAAAUGGUUAGCGAUGCUGCUGCUGCUGCUGCUGCUCUGGAUGCAGCAGCUGCUGCUGCUUGGGGCUCACCCAGGCAGCGCCCAGGAUUUGACCCUCACCCCGGAACCGGCCCUCGAGUGGCUAGAUAAAGGAAUUUUCAUUAUCCAGAGCGAGAGCCUCCAGACAUGCAUUCAGGCAGGUCCAUCUGUGCUGACCCUGGAGAACUGCAAGCCGCCAAACAAGAACAUGCUAUGGAAAUGGGUUUCAAACAACCACCUCUUCAACGUGGGAGCCAGCGGCUGCCUAGGCCUGAACCUCUCUGAUCCAGAAGAACCAUUAAGACUUUAUGAAUGUGAUUCCACCCUCAUUUCCUUGAGGUGGCACUGUAGGAGGAAGGUGAUCAUGGGCCCACUCCAGUUCAAGGUCCAGGUACAGCCUGACAACACCGUGGUAGCCUCGUGGAAGCAGUUCCAUAAGUGGGUCGCCUACAUGUCCGGUGGGGGAGACAUCUGUGAGCAUCUUCACAGAGAUUUAUAUACAAUCAAAGGGAAUGCCCACGGGAUGCCUUGUGUGUUCCCCUUCCAGUACAACCAUCAGUGGCACCACGAAUGUAUCCGGGAAGGGCAGAAAGAAGACCUGCUGUGGUGUGCCACGACAAGCCGAUACGAACGAGAUGAGAGAUGGGGAUUCUGCCCAGAUCCUACCUCCACAGAUGUAUUUUGUGAUGCUGUGUGGUACAAGGACUUCUAUUCACGCAUUUGCUACCAAUUCAACCUGCUUUCAUCUCUCUCUUGGAAUAAGGCACAUUCUUCAUGUCAGAUGCAAGGAGGUGCUUUGUUAAGUUUUACAGAUGAAAAUGAAGAAAAAUUCAUAAGGAAGCAGCUGAUCAAGGAAGCAGGGGAAGUGUGGAUUGGUUUGAAUCAGCUGGAUGAACAGGCUGGCUGGCAGUGGUCUGAUGGAACAGCACUCAGCUACCUGAACUGGAGCCCAGAGAUAAAUGCUGGGCCGUUUGUUGAGUAUCGCUGUGGAACACUGAAAUUUGCCUCAACUGCCUGGAGGAGCAGGGACUGUGAGUCCCCCUUGCCAUACGUGUGCAAACGAUAUUGGAACCACACUGCUCACGAAGUACGCGAAAAAGAUUCUUGGAAAUACCAUGCCACUCACUGUGAUCCUGGCUGGAGUCCCUUCAAUCGUAAAUGCUACAAACUUCAGAAAGAAGAAAAGACCUGGCGUGAGGCUCUGUAUUCUUGCCAGUCUAAUGACAGCAUGUUGAUGGAUGUGACUUCAUUAGCAGAGGUGGAGUUUCUUAUAAACCUCCUUGGGGAUGAAAAUGCAUCAGAAACAUGGAUUGGUUUGAGUAGCAAUAAAGUUCCAGUUUCCUUUGGCUGGUCCAGUGGUUCCUCUGUCAUCCUCACUAACUGGCACCCUCUUGAGCCUCGGAUUUUCCCAAAGAGAAGCCAGCUGUGUGUCGCAGCAGAGCAAUCUGAAGGACGCUGGAAAGUGAAAGCCUGCGAAGAAACACUCUUCUACAUUUGCCAAAGAGCAGGGCAGGUCCUUGCUGAUGAGGAAUCAGAGUGUCACGAAGGAUGGGAGAGACAUGGCCAAUUUUGUUACAAAAUUGACACAGUCCUGAGAAACUUCGAGCAGGCUUCCAGUGGCUAUUAUUGUCCUCCCAGCCUCCUGACCAUUGCCAGCAGGUUUGAGCAGGCUUUUAUAACCGCUCUCAUCAGCGGUGUGGCAAGAGCAAAGGACAGUUAUUUCUGGAUAGCUCUUCAAGACCAAAACAAUACAGGAGAAUACACUUGGAGGACCGUGGGCCAGAGGGCUGAGCCGGUGAUGUACACACACUGGAACACACAUCAACCCAGCCACGGUGGAGGCUGUGUUGUUAUGCGAGGAGGAAGUCCACCGGGUCGCUGGGAAGUGAAGGACUGCAGCAACUUUAAGGCAAUGUCCCUGUGCAAGAUGCCAGUCAAAACCUGGGAGACACCAGAGUUUGAAGGAAGGUGGCCCUUUCACGCUUGCUAUUUGGAUUGGGAAUCAAAGUCUGGUCUGGCUAAUUGCUUCAAGGUGUUUCACAGUGAAAAGGUCCUGAUGAAAAGAUCAUGGAGAGAAGCUGAAGCCUUCUGUGAGGAGUUCGGAGCUCACCUUGCAAGCUUUGCCCACAUAGAGGAAGAAAAUUUUGUGAAUGAGCUUCUGCAUUCAAAAUUUAACUGGACACAAGGAAGGCAGUUCUGGAUCGGAUUUAAUAAAAGGAACCCUCUGAAUGCUGGUUCUUGGGAGUGGUCUGAUGGGACACCUGUUGUCUCUUCGUUUUUAGACAGUACGUAUUUUGGAGAAGAUGCAAGAAAUUGUGCUGUGUAUAAAGCAAACAAAACAUUGCUGCCUGCAAACUGUGCUUCCAAACACGAGUGGAUAUGCAAAAUCCCAAGAGAUGUGAGACCCAAUUUUCCAGACUGGUACCAGUACGAUGCGCCCUGGCUCUUCUAUCAGGAUGCCGAGUACCUCUUCCACACCCACGCUGCAGAGUGGGAUGCCUUUGAGUUUGUUUGUGGCUGGCUGCGGAGUGAUUUCCUCACAAUUUAUUCCACUCAGGAGCAAGAAUUCAUCCACAGCAAAAUCAGAGUGCUAUCAAAGUAUGGUGUAAAUUGGUGGAUUGGAAUUGAAGAAGGAAGAGCCAGUGAUCCAAUUCAUUGGAGUAAUGGGUCACCUGUGAUAUUCCAGAACUGGGACAGAGGAAGAGAAGAAAGAGUGGAUAGCGAGACCCGGCGUUGUGUCUUCAUUUCUUCCGUAACAGGGCUCUGGGGGACUGAGAACUGCUCUGUUCCCAUGCCCAGCAUUUGUAAGAGAGUGAAAACAUGGGUCAUCGAGAAGGAGAAGCCACCCGUCCAGCACGGGACGUGCCCCAGAGGCUGGCUGUAUUCUAACUACAAGUGCUUCCUGGUGAUGAUUCCCAAAGACACUCACGAGCUGAAGACCUGGACAGGUGCUCAGGACUUCUGUGUUGACCAGGGCGGGACACUGGUCUCCAUUGAGAGUGAACUGGAACAAGCUUUUAUUACUAUGCAUCUUUUCGGCCAGACUACGGAUGUGUGGAUAGGUUUACAAAGUGAUGAUCACGAGAAGUGGGUGAAUAGGAAGCCUGUGGUAUAUUCUAACUGGUCUCCAUCUGACAUAAUAAAUAUCCCAAGUUAUAACACCUCUGAAGUUCAGACGCAUGUUCCUCUCUGUGCUCUGAUGUCAAGUAAUCAUAAUUUUCAUUUCACCGGAAAAUGGUUUUUUGAUGACUGUGGAAAAGAAGGCUAUGGAUUUGUUUGUGAAAAAAUGCAAGAAUACCAUGGAAACGUGUCUGAGAUGCAUUCAGUCCCCAGUACAUUGGAAUUUGGAAACAGAACUUACAAAAUAAUCCGUGCUAAUAUGACUUGGUACACAGCAGGAAGAACCUGCCGGAUGCACAGAGCAGAACUGGCCAGCAUUACAGACAGUUUUCACCAGUCCUUCCUCACCGUUCUCCUCAGCAGGCUGGGCUACGCCCACUGGAUUGGACUCUCCACCACAGACAACGGUGUUAAUUUUGACUGGUCAGAUGGCACUAGAUCCCCUUUCACCUACUGGAAGGAUGAGGAGUCAACCUUUCUUGGUGACUGUGUUUUUGCUGACACUAAUGGACGCUGGCACAGCACAGCCUGUGAGUCAUUCCUGCAGGGCGCCAUUUGUCACGUACCCACUGAAACAAAGGCAUUUCAGCACCCAGUGCUAUGCCCAGAAACAUCAGUUCCCUGGAUAAAAUUUAAAGGUAAUUGCUACAGUUUUUCUACAGUCCUGGACAGCAGGAGUUUCGAGGAUGCUCAUGAAUUUUGCAAAAGAGAAGGAUCUGGUCUUUUAGCGAUCAAAGAUGAGGCUGAAAACUUGUUUCUCCUGGAAGAGCUUCUUGCGUUUAGUUCUUCUGUCCAGAUGGUUUGGCUGAAUGCUCAGUUUGAUAGUAACAAUGGAACCUUAAGGUGGUUUGAUGGAACACCCACAGACCAGUCAAACUGGGGCAUUCGGAAGCCAACUAUAGACCACCUCAAGCCCCAUCCGUGUGUUGCCCUAAGGAUCCCUGAAGGAGUAUGGCAGUUGACCUCAUGUGAAGACAAAAAGGGAUUCAUAUGUAAAAUGGACACAGAUGUUCCAGCUGUAAUAGAGCAUCCAGGAAAAGGACUAAGCCACAGCAUCGUUCCUCUUGCAGUCUCACUGACGCUGAUAAUAAUGCUGGCCAUUUUCAUGCUUUCCUUCUGGGUGUACAAGCAGAACAGUGGCUUCUUCCAGAGACUCAGGGGGUCUAGGAGUCUUUACUAUCCUACAUUCAGCUUCAGUACAGCACAUUUAGAGGAAAACAUCCUCAUUUCUGAUCUGGAGAAGAGUAACCAGUGAUGAUGAAGAGAGCGAAUACUCCAGCUAUGAAGAACAAAGGGAGUUCCCUCUGCGUCUCCCCUUAACAAGAGCCCAUUAGAAUGUGAAUUGUGACGACUCGGGUUUAAUUAUUCUUCAGGCAGUGGUUUUGAAUUUUAACCAAAUCAGACGAGGUUUAAUGGAUUCAUUUCCUUUAGCCAUGGACCAUUCUGAAAAGGGGUGUUGGUUAUUAUUUAGAAAGACACGGACUAUUAAAAAGAAUCCUGCAUUGAGUACUCUCAAGCCAGUCCGGCACUCAUUCCGACAUGUAAGUUCACUCAAUGCGUUAAAAGAGAAAGGGGGCGGGGCUCUGGCUGUGUUUGAGAGGAAGGUGCUUCUGAGAAACUGCGUCCUGUUUGAUUCCAAUUCAGUCGUUUUUUUCAUAGUCUGGCUUGGGAAAGUCCUAAAUUUAAACAUCCAGGUUCUGGGCUCUCAGCUAAUACUUUGGAAGGCAUUAAUUUUUAUUAGGUUUGACUCUUAAACUAAAUGAGAGAACCAGCACCUUCUUCUAAAUAUGAAGAUCUUGGUAUGCAAACACUCUCAGGGACAACCAUGCCAUUAAAAUGAGGCAUAAACCCUCACUUGCUAAGUGAUUACUCUGUUAAAGGUAUCUUAUAGGUAAGCUCAAAGGAAUCCACUGAGAGUUCAAUAUUGGACCUUGUUAAAAAGUGAAGUAGCCGGGUGGUGGUGGCGCAGGCCUUUAAUCUCAGCACUUGGGAGGCAGAGCCAGGCAGAUCUCUGUGAGUUCAAGGCCAGCCUGGUCUCCAAAGCGAGUUCCAGGAAAGGCUCAAAGCUACACAGAGAAACCCUGUCUCGAAAAACCAAAAAAAAAAAAAGUAAAGUAAUAAUAUAAUAUAGAAAUAAUGAUCUUAACCAGGAGAUACAAAAUAUAUGUAACCUAAACCUAAAGAGAAAAAAAAUGAAGAUCUGAAUUAUAUUCCCAUUAGAAGCAAACUAGAGGGAUGUUGAGAAAUAUUAAAUAGAAUGACUGCAGUAGUAAUCUAGAUAUGUUUGUCAUAUGUUCAUUUAGGUGUUUUUAAAUAAACUAUCAAUUUUGA